AUGCCACUUAUUGAGGCUAUCCCGGAACUUUAUCAAGCAAAUUUAUGGAAAUACAAAACAGAAGGAAGCUCAAAUGUUAUUCUAGCAUUUAUUGGAAAAAAAGAGAGAUUUUUUGGAACAGUUCUUCGACUUCGAAAGGCAAUUAUUACUAACCAAGAUACCAGUAUAGAUAAUGUUCAUUCAUUCGUAAAUCAAGAUUUGAUAGAUUUUUACGCUUCUUCUGUCAUCGGUCCUCUUCUUGGUGAAGAAUACAUUGGCAAAUCUAUAUUACUGAAAGUCCCUCAACCAUUUUUGAAGGAGUUGUCAAAAGCUAUCCUUCCUAUGCGUCCCGAAAAUCGAAUUCAUAAAGAUAUUGAUUUCAAUCAACCCUAUGAUUUGUUUUCUUUGGACGAAGUAAGAUUGAAACGUGCAAUUGAAGAGUUAUUACUUAACCCGAACAAUAAUCUGAAAUUGUUUAUACAAGGCAUGCAAAUACAUAUUGGACAGAAUGAUUGGCCUACACAAUUAUAUGAAUUUUUUAAUUUUGACCAAUCUUCAUCAGAUCUCAAAAUACAACAUAAAAAUGUUGAUGUAAAAAAUUUGUUGGUCAUACUAUUAUCGCAUACUAUUCUUGAAGAGCAAAAUUUAUUUAAGCGCCUUAAACAACUUCAAAAAACUCUAGAUGAAUUAGACAUAGAAGGCAUAUACAAGUUAUUUUUGGAACAACAAUCGGGCUUACAUGAUCCAACAAUAGAAGAAUGGCAAUUAAUCGCAAAAGAAUACGAGAAGAGGAUUAAGAGUCCCGGUGUACCGCAUUUAAGUAUGGAUGGUGCCCAAAUGAGACAACGAAUUUACGAAUUUUUGAUGUCAACUACAUUAAAAGAUUGUUCAAUAAUUUUCACGUUCCAGAAAUCUUAUUUUAACGAUGAAACGAAAGUCGUAGAUGGUACCGGUCUGUUUUUCAAAGAAAAGGUUAAAUUUAUUCCCUUUUCCAAUGAUGAUAAAAUUUAUUUUAAGUAUAAAGUUAACGUAAUUGAUUUGGAUCCUAAGCCAGUUGCCAAAAUACCGUAUUAUUAUGAGUUAGAUGCAAUGAUUGUGAAUAAUUAUAUGAAACGUGAUGGUAUAACAAAAAAAAAAUGUAUCGAAUAA